CGCCGGCGCUUCCGGCAGCGCUGCGCUGGAUGGCGGAGCCCGGGGCUGGAGCGGCGGCGGGGCGCGGGGAGGGACGGACGGAGGAGCCGGAGGAGCCCGGGCAUGGACGGACGGAGGAGCCGUGGGGCGGAUGGACGGCGGAGCGGCGGCGGCUGUGGGCGCCGGGCGGGCGCUGGCUGGCGGCCGUGCUGCCGCUGCUGCUGGCCCCGCUGCCGGGCGCAGGCCAGAGCAGCCUGCCGAGCCCAGAGGACGUUCGGGUGCACGUGGUGAACACCAACUUCACCCUGAGCUGGCAUUUCCAGGGCACUGAGCCCGGGGUGACGUUCUCAGCACAGUUCCAGUGGCCGGAGCUGGAGGACACGGGCUGGCAGGAGCUGCCGGGGUGCCAGGCAGUGGCUGGCACAGGCUGUGACUUCUCCUCGGCCAUCUCCGAGUACUACGAUGCCCACUACGUGCGUGUCAGGGCCCAGGCAGGGCCACUGCUGUCCCCGUGGUCCGAGGUCCUGGAGAUGGUUCCAGAACACGUCGGUACGAGCUCGGGGCUGCUGGGGACACUUUGCUUCCUUCAGCACCUUGGGAGGGUCCUGCUCCCCUGCCCUGCUCAGGUGGGACCCCUCCUGCAGAGCCUCCAGCCCUGA